AACAAAACCAACAAAAAUUCCACUUUUGUGCUCUCUCCCUCUCCCUCCCCUUGGCACCAAAUAAAGAGGUAGAGAGAGACGAAAUAGUACGAUCACUGAAGAAUAUCAAACGUCCAUAGUCAUUACCUGUCACCGGAAAAACCAGUUCCCAACUCAUCACCUCUCCCUCUAAACCAACAAUGUCUGUCACCGGACCAUUCAGUCACCCAACAAACCUUAACCCAACAGCUCCGGCGUUCUUUCCGGCGAUAAACCAACACCAAAACCAAAACCCCUCCUUAAUUCCGACAAGAUUCUUCCUCCCUCAUCCCCCUCCUCCUCCUCCUCCUCCGCCGCCGCCGCUAUACUUUUCUUAUUUCUCUCUCCCUCCUCCUCCUCCUCCUCCUCAUCUUCCACCGACUUCAGUAACACCAACCAGAGCCGUGAUGUUAUUACAAGUCCCAGCUACCGUCACUGAGACAUCUCUAAGACGAGACAUGGAACUAUUCGGUGAAGUCCGUGGAGUCCAAAUGGAAAGAGCACAUGAAGGAAUCGUGAUUUUCCAUUUCUACAAUCUAAUAAACUCACAAAGAGCUUUUAACGAGAUACGUUACCGUCACAUGCAACAACAGGAACAACAACAACAUUUCCACUUCACGACGGCGCGUGGACUCGUCUCCGGUCAUUCUCUUUGGGCCCAUUUCGUGUUUCCUCAACUCAAUGCUGUUCCUGAAGGAAACAAUCAAGGCUCUCUUGUCAUUAUGAACUUAGAACCCACCGUCUCUUCCUCAACUCUCCGUCACAUUUUCCAAGUUUAUGGAGAAGUGAAGCAGGUGAGAGAGACGCCGUGUAAGAGAGAACAAAGAUUUGUGGAGUUUUUUGACGUUAGAGACGCUGCAAAAGCUCUCCGUGUAAUGAACGGAAAAGUUAUCUCCGGUAAACCAAUGGUUAUCCAGUUUAGUCGUCCCGGUGGUUUAACCAAGAAACUCUUCUUCGCUUCACACUUCCAUAAAAACUUCAUCUUUAACAACGAACACCAUUAUUAUCCACCGCCACCACCACCAUCACGAAUGGUGAAGUCGGAUAUUCUAAUGUACAAGCAACAACAAAAGAAGAAGAAGAAGAAGUAUGUAAAGAAGAAUCUUGGUGAUCCUUAUUUCAUGAUAAACGAAAACGCUAUCACCGGCGGAGAGUUCAGAGACGGAAGAACCACCGUGAUGAUCAAGAACAUCCCUAACAAGUACACACAGAAGCUGCUUUUGAAGAUGUUGGACACACAUUGUAAAGAUUGUAACCAAAGUGUAAUCAAAGAAGGGAACAAAACUCCUAUGUCUUCUUAUGACUUUGUCUACCUCCCCAUUGAUUUCAGCAACAAAAGCAAUGUGGGAUAUGGGUUUGUGAACAUGACAUCACCAGAAGCAGUGUGGAGACUUUACAAGAGCUUUCACAAUCAACAUUGGAGAGAUUUCACCACCACUAGAAAGAUCUGUGAGGUCACUUAUGCUCGUAUCCAGGGUCUUGAGUCAUUAAGGGAACAUUUCAAGAACGUUAGGCUAGCAGGAGUAGAGAUAGACGAGUACAUGCCGGUUGUUUUCUCGCCGCCGCGUGAUGGACGGUUGUCACCGGAGCCUGUGGCUAUUGUUGACCCUUGGGAUAAACCAGUGGAUGAUGAAGACAGAUGUUGUAAGUCACGAGACGGGUUUGUUGUGUCCGACAAGAAGAUGGUAGGAAGUGAUGGUUGUGGUUUUUGUCUUAGUGAGAGAAUCGAAAACGGCGGCGUUUGAGAUGACGUAAGG